AUGCUUCCACCUCCUGGGAGUCCAGGCAAAGCACAUUUUCUUUACAUACCGAAGAUCCACAGCCCUGGUAGCCAGGGAUAUUCCACUGUUUCUGACAAUGGCACCAUCAACGAAGGAGUUUCUCGCUAUGUUGACUCAAUACUGUUCCUAUAUGCUGUAGGAGCUUCCAAUUAUUUGAAAGAUACCCCAGAUUUCAUAAAGAAACUUGCUUCCAUUGACAAACUUCCAGCUACUACCAUAUUAGCUGCUAUGGAUGUACCACAGGCAGACAAGGUUCUUUGGCGGGAGCGGGAAGGCGCGCGGGCGCCGCCGCCGUGCGCGGGCCGGCCGGAGCUGAAGGACACGUUCAAGUACAUCAACACGGCCGUGUCCUGCCUCGUGUUCGCGCUCGGGCUGCUGGGCAACGCCACGCUGCUGCGGAUCAUCUACAAGAACAAGUGCAUGAGGAACGGGCCCAACAUCCUCAUCGCCAGCCUGGCCCUGGGUGACCUGCUGCACGUCCUCAUCGCCAUUCCCGUCAGCGUCUACAAGCUCCUUGCGGAGGACUGGCCUUUUGGAGUUGAAAUGUGUAAACUGGUUCCUUUCAUUCAAAAGGCAUCAGUGGGUAUCACAGUGUUAAGUUUGUGUGCCCUCAGUAUUGAUAGGUAUCGUGCAGUUGCUUCUUGGAGUCGCAUCAAGGGAAUUGGAGUGCCAAAGUGGACUGCUGUUGAAAUUGUAUUGAUCUGGGUUGUCUCAGUGGUAUUAGCUGUUCCAGAAGCUAUAGGCUUUGAUAUGAUUUCCAUGGACUAUAAAGGAAAGCAUUUUAGAGUCUGUCUGCUUCACCCCAUACAAAAAACAUCUUUUAUGCAGUUUUACAAGAUAGCUAAAGAUUGGUGGCUGUUCAGCUUUUAUUUUUGUUUGCCAUUGGCCAUCACAGCAUUUUUCUAUACCCUGAUGACCUGUGAGAUGCUUAAAAAGAAAAGUGGAAUGCAAAUUGCAUUAAAUGACCACUUAAAACAGAGGCGUGAAGUGGCCAAAACUGUGUUCUGUCUGGUAGUGGUCUUUGGCCUGUGCUGGCUCCCUCUUCACUUAAGUAGGAUUCUGAAGCUCACUAUUUAUGAUCAAAGAGACCCGAAUAGAUGUGAACUUUUAAGCUUUUUUCUCAUAAUGGACUACAUCGGUAUUAAUAUGGCUACGCUGAAUUCCUGCAUUAAUCCGAUAGCUCUGUAUUUGGUGAGCAAAAGAUUCAAAAACUGCUUUAAGUCCUGUUUGUGUUGCUGGUGCCAAUCCAAAGAUCUACUGUCCCUCGAAGAAAAACAGUCCUGCUUGAAGUUCAAAGCUAAUGAUCACGGAUAUGAUAAUUUCCGCUCCAGUAACAAAUACAGCUCAUCAUAAAAAGUGUGAAAGAUUUAGCCUCUGACAUUAAGUUCAGUGCCUUUAUUUGAAUGACAGUUGCUGUUUUUAAGAUGCUGAAGCAUUUGAAAAACCUAGUUCUGUAUUUGCACAAGAAGCAAAUCAUAAAAAAAUGAUCAUCCCAAACUCUUCAUAACAUUCAUAAUUAUGCAUGGUAUCAUUAGCCAUUUGCAAACGUGAUGAAUAGCAGCAGAAUAACAAGUCAUUUUUAAAGCACUUAAACUUUUUGGAGUCAGAACUUCCAAGCCAUUCUAACUUCCUGUAUAUCAAACAAUUGUUUUUAUCUCCCCCAAGAAUCUUAGGAACCGAAGUCAAAAUCCUAUGAAAUAGCAAACUGUGACUUGCUUUAGAUCAAAGCCAAAAUUGUGUUAUUAAUAUUAUUGUAUUAUCUUUAGCUGAUUUAAGCAGUAUCUAAAUUAUUAAAAAAUCCAAAGCAUUUUGUAGUACAGGGUUAAAGGAAAACAUAAGUAUUUUUUUAUCAGGAAUGCUACUCUACUAGCUAGGAACAAUAUCAGAGGUAUUGAGUCAAGUUAAAAAUCGUAUGUAUAGCUGAUUUUUUUAAAACUGCUAACGUUAAAAUACUGUUAUUUAAAGUCACUAUAUUAUCAGUUUCUUUAUUUUGCAGCACUAUGCUUAUAUUCCAUUUCACUGUUUCCUGUUAUUUACAUGAGAGUCUUAUAUACAAAAACAGGGGUGGGGGAAAAGAUUUUUAAAAACAGGAAAAAUAUGAUUGUAGAUCUAUAAAAUAAGACACAGUAGGUGAAACUAUUUUUUAUUGAUUUUUUUUUUAAAAAUGACAAUGUCUAUUUUAAAUAAUGGCCUUUCUGGUAGCUGACAGUAGUACAGCCAAGUUUCUUUUACUAGAGAUUACAAGUGAAAUUGAUUCCUCAAGUUAGAGAAA